AUGCAGGCGCGGCGGGCACCGCGCCGCCGCGACGCCAUCGCAGUCCUCGCCGCCCAACUGGCCGCCGUCGCCGCCCUCAUCUGGCUGGUCGCCGGAACCGUGACGGCCCAGGCGGGCGAUCUGGAUGCGCUGGACAGUGGCGAGCCGGCCGUCCUUGCCUAUGCCGAGCCGGCGCCCGAGCGCUUCGCGGACCCGUUCGCCGGGCAGCGCGGCCUCGAAAACCAUGACGCCCAUGACGGCCACCCGCUGAACGAUGCGUGGAUGGGCCUGAACGCGGUGACCGCCGAUGGCGUGGUCGCCGGCUAUGUCAGCGACGCUUUCGUCAAUCCCGACGGUUCGAUCGACGAGGUGAUCAUCACGCCCGCGCCGGGAACCGCGCUGGCCCACCCGGUCUAUGUGCCGGUAGAUGCAGUCCAAUUCGACGGUGCCGAGGUCGGCCUGACGAUGACGAUGGCGGUCCUGGCCACGCAGGAGCCGGUGACCGAGGAUUUCGCCGCCUACGCGGAAUAA